CGCCCGCAGCCAGCCGCGCAGCAUGCACUGGGGGGUUGGCUUUGCCUCGUCCAGGCCGUGCGUGGUGGAUCUGAGCUGGAACCAGAGCGUCUCCUUCUUCGGCUGGUGGGCCGGGUCCGAGGAGCCCUUCUCCUUUUAUGGGGACAUCAUCGCUUUCCCUUUGCAGGAUUACGGUGGGAUCAUGGCAGGGCUGGGCUCCGAUCCCUGGUGGAAGAAAACACUUUACUUGACCGGGGGAGCUUUGCUGGCCGCAGCUGCGUAUCUGCUCCACGAACUCCUGGUCAUUAGGAAACAGCAAGAGAUUGACUCCAAAGAUGCUAUUAUUUUGCAUCAGUUUGCAAGACCUAACAAUGGUGUCCCCAGUUUGUCUCCUUUCUGUUUGAAAAUGGAAACUUACUUAAGGAUGGCUGACUUACCCUACCAGAAUUAUUUUGGUGGAAAACUUUCUGCUCAAGGGAAAAUGCCUUGGAUUGAAUAUAAUCAUGAAAAAGUUUCUGGCACAGAAUUCAUAAUUGACUUUCUGGAAGAGAAACUUGGAGUGAAUUUAAACAAAAACCUUGGCCCUCACGAAAGAGCCAUCUCCAGAGCAGUGACCAAGAUGGUGGAGGAGCACUUCUACUGGACGUUAGCUUAUUGCCAGUGGGUGGACAAUCUCAAUGAGACCCGGAAGAUGCUCUCUCUUAGUGGUGGCGGUCCCUUCAGUAACCUGCUGAGGUGGGUCGUGUGCCACAUAACGAAAGGAAUUGUGAAGCGCGAGAUGCACGGCCACGGCAUUGGCCGCUUCUCAGAGGAAGAGAUUUACAUGCUGAUGGAGAAGGACAUGCGGUCCUUGGCAGGGCUUUUGGGUGAUAAGAAGUACAUCAUGGGCCCCAAGCUUUCUACUCUCGACGCCACUGUCUUUGGACACUUGGCACAGGCAAUGUGGACCUUACCUGGGACGAGACCUGAACGGCUGAUCAAAGGUGAGCUGAUCAACCUUGCCAUGUACUGUGAGAGGAUAAGGAGGAAAUUCUGGCCCGAGUGGCAUCACGAUGAUGACAACACCAUCUAUGAGUCUGAGGAGAGCAGCGAAGGAAGCAAAACCCACACACCCCUGCUGGAUUUCAGCUUUUACUCAAGGACAGAGACCUUUGAAGAUGAGGGAGCAGAGAACAGUUUUUCCAGAACCCCAGAUACGGAUUUCACUGGACACUCGCUCUUUGAUUCUGACGUGGACAUGGAUGACUACACAGACCACGAACAGUGCAAGUGAUGUUCAGCCUCGCUGACCCUCUUCUGCCGGAGCUGCCACACCCUGGGGUUGGUCCAAUUUCCCAGGUAGAAAUCCAUCUCAGCUGGGAGGAAAUCUUCGUGCUUGGCACACUUCUCACAAGCUAACUGGACUCUAGCAGCCUUAUUUCCUUUUGUACAAACAAAACACAGAACCAUUCAGAUGGCUCCAUUUAAAACAAACAGGCAAAAAAAAAAAUGUCAGCAU